AGUCCCGAGACACCCUUUAGAAUUACGGACAGUCCCGAGGCACCCUCUAAAAUUAUGGACAGUCCUGAGACACCCUUUAGAAUUAUGGACAGUCCCGAGGCAUCCUCUAAAAUAAUGGACAGUCUCGAGGCACCCUCGAAAUUUAUGGAUAGUCCCGAGGCACCCUUUAGAAUUAUGGACAGUCCUGAGGCACCCUUUAGAAUUAUGGACAGUCCUGAGGCACCCUUUAGAAUUAUGGACAGUCCUGAGGCACCCUUUAGAAUUAUGGACAGUCCUGAGGCACCCUUUAGAAUUAUGGACAGUCCCGAGGCACUCUUUAGAAUUAUGGACAGUCCCGAGGCACUCUUUAGAAUUAUGGACAGUCCCGAGGCACUCUUUAGAAUUAUGGACAGUCCCGAGGCACUCUUUAGAAUUAUGGACAGUCCAGAAACACCUUCUAAUAUAAAAAACUAUUCUGAUAGUUUUUACAUAAUGCAGCAACACCCACACACUUGAUGUAAGGAGGAACUCUGAUGGUGACCCUGAUGUAAGGAGGAACUCUGAUGGGACCCUGAUGUAAGGAGGACUCUGAUGGGACCCU